AUGCGGUCCUCUCCCAGCUUGCUGUUGGGUUUAUUUCUCGCUGACGCCACCUUGGCCCAGCUCCCUGGCAUCCCGACUGUGCCAUUCAAGGUCGACGGCAAGAAAACUUUCAAGCUUGAUUCUGUUGCCACGAUCAUCGUCGACACGAAAUACACGAAGACAACCGACAAAAGUGGACUGACCCUGAUUCCACCGACUUUAUACGAGUUUGGCGCGACGUUUGCGCAAGACCUCCAAGAGGUGUUCAACAAGACAGUCACAGCGAAAGAUGGCGACAAGCGCGAAUCCAACACCAUAUUCUUGACCAUCGACAGCGAGCACGAAUUUCUAGACGCCGCAGGACGAUCGAACAGCGAAGGCUACACCAUCGUCGCCGAGGAAGAUGGCGUCACCAUCCGCGGCGCCAGUUCCUUAGGGGCAUGGUGGGGGACACGGACGCUUCUACAGCAAGCCAUCCUGGGAGACGAGGGCGCGGUUCCGACUGGCCAGGGCGAUGAUGCUCCUGGCUGGUCGACACGAGGAAUGAUGCUUGACUGCGGUCGUCAUUUUUACCCCAAGCAAUUCCUCAUCGACAUGUGCUCCUACAUAUCCUUCUUCAAGCAAAAUACCUUUCACAUCCAUCUCAGCGACAACACGAUUGUACCGACAUAUACGCCCGAAAACUACAACGAGACCUAUGCGCGUUUCCGCCUGUGGUCAGACAGCAGCGAGGUGUCUGGACUCGCUAAGUACGCCAACGAGUCGUACACCAGGGACGACUUCGAGGACAUUCAGAAUAGGUGCGCCCAGCGCGGUGUCGCCGUCAUUCCUGAGAUCGAGGCGCCGGGUCAUUGCCUGCCUAUUGUACAAUGGCGCCCGCAAAUUGGUUACGAGGGCGAUCUCAGCCUUCUUAAUAUCUCCCAUCCUGAUACGAUACCAACCAUGAAAGCCGUCUGGAAAGAGUUUCUUCCGUGGUUUCAUUCGUCGGUCGUCUCCAUCGGCGCUGAUGAAUACAAGGGCCCCGAGGAGGACUAUAAGAAGUUUGUCAACGAAAUGUCGGCAUUCAUCAACGAAGAAGCUAGCAAGUCUAUUCGCAUCUGGGGCACAUUCCCUGCUGUCAAACAUACCGGCUCCUCUACGGCGGUGGACUCGAAUAUCACCAUUCAGCACUGGGCCUAUCUGUUUGAUAACCCUUACGAGGACUAUAUCAAGAACAACUACUCUGUCAUUAACUCUGAUGAGAUGUAUUAUAUUGUCAUGAAAGAUGGCCCUUACGGCCGAACAGUCAACACCUCAACCACAUUCACGGGCAACCCUGAUGGACAUGGGCCUUGGUACCCUAAUAUCUUUAACCUCAGCAAGCCAGAUCAAAACCCGUCGCGCGACAACAAGCUGAUUGAAGGCGCCAUAUCACCGCUUUGGAACGAUCAUGGGGCCAAUACGAGUGUCUACUCGGAAGCAUACUACGCCUGGCGCGAUGGCAUCCCUGCCCUCGCUGAUAAACACUGGGGCGGCAAUUUAACUCAUGAUCAGUAUUCUAACUUGCUUUCUAAGCUUUUGGCCAAGAUUCCAGAUCAAAACCUGGAGCGCCGCAUUCCAUCCAAGCAAAAUACCAUCUUUUCCUAUGAUCUGCGCAAGUUCAAGGGGGGCUCUGUUACAGACAAGUCAGGCAACAAGUAUGAUGCCAAAACAACUUGCAAGGGGGCCGACGACGGCAUUUUUAUGUCACCCGACUGUGACAUCACGACGCCUUGGUCAUCCAAAGGCAGAAACUACAAACUUUCCUUGACGCUCAACAUCGAUAAAGUUUCGGAUGAAACGAACACAACCCUCGUGUCCGGGUCAGACUCAACCCUCAUGCUUACGCCGAAUGUCACCCUGUUCGCAUCUGGCAUCUAUUACAGACUAAACAAGACCAUUCCUUUGCAGUCAUGGGUUCGCUUAGAGGUAAGCGGCGAUGGCCCCAGGACUUUCGCGUCGGCCUACAAUGAUAAGGGUGACAAGAUAUUCGAGGAGGAGGAGUUCCUGACAGAGAUGAGCUACUACGGCGCGCCAUUGCGAUGGCAUGAAAUGGCCAUUGAAGCACCCAUUCGCCGGAUUACUGGCUGGCAAGGCAAGGUGCGCGAUUUUACGCUGACCACUGACGGAAUUGGCGACUUGAAGCCAGGGGCAUCAUCUGCUAGUCGGGAGUUGCCCAGUGCGCAUUUCUUGAUCGCAAUUUUUGUCGUUGCUAUGUACAUUGGCUUCUGA